AUGAGCCGCCUCUCCGAGCCGCUGAUCGCUGCGCCGCCGCCGCCGCGCGGGACGCUGUUCGCCGGCAACCUCCUCCAAUACAUCAACGACAACGUAGUGAUGAUGGCAAUGGCGUGCACCGUGAGCGCCCUCGGCAACCACAUCGGCGCCUGCAUCCUUGCCGACACUGUGCAGGCCGCCGCCUUCGGGCUCGCGUGCGACUGCGCCACCGUGGUGCUGCUGCGCUCGCUCUUGCUCGGCGCGUGGGCGCGGAGCGAGCCAGACUCGCAGUGGCAGAACGCCCUCUCUCACAUGCUGCUCAGCCUGCCGUGGAUCGUGCGAGUCCCCGCUUCUCUGCUGGUCGACGCCGGCACCGAGGCGCUCCACCGGGCGGUAGGGAGCGUCGGCCCGACGGGCAACUUCCGCUCGCGCGAGGCGGCGGGCGCGGCCUUCCUGACGUCGCUGCUGCUCUUCCUGCUCCUCGUCCACGCGCUGCUGCGGCUGAUGCGGCUCAACCGCUCCCAGCCCGACAGCAGGUACGCCGACCAGUCGGCGCGCACCUACGCUCUGAGGACCGCCACGCUCGCCUGCACCUCGGCCACCGGCAAGGCUGGCCACCUCCUCGUCCGGAACGUCACGGAGCACUUUGCGGGCACGCGCCAGCUCGCGAUCACGCACACGACGAGGGAGGCGGCGCGGCUGGCGGCGGCCGGCGCGGUGGAGCAGGUGCUGCUCUCGUUGCUCGCGGCGUGGCUGCUCGGCUGGGCGGUGCCGCUGCAGCACGAGAGCCCGCGCGUCGCGCACAGCGAGUCGCUGCAGAUCAGCCUCGGCGUGGAGGAGUACAUCGUGGGGUACGUAUGGUCCUUCUCGCUCGCAAACUACCUCUGGCUGCUCUGCAGCCGCGCCGGCGAGCUCACCUCCCCUAUCUGGGGGGCCGCCGCCUACUGGGGGCUCGUCCUGCUCGGCCUGGUCCUCGCGGCUAGCCUCGCGCGCACCACGCCCGACCAGAGCUUCUACGACAUGGGCAAGGGGCCCGAGGGCGGCGCCCACUGGCUUCAGGGCCCCGCGCAGCUGACCUGCUGGUACGUGGACUUCACGACGUGGUUCGGCUGGUCGGGGCUGGUCCUCAGCUUCGACCUUCGGCUCGCCGGCGGCCCGUCGCGCCAGUGCCUGCCCGGGACGCUUCCGUGGGUCGUCGCGCUCAACUUCUCCAUGUUCGGCGCCCUGCUACUGGUGGCGGGCGCGACCAACCUGCUCAACGCCGCCGGGCUCGAGCGCAUCCUGCCCUGGACGGCGGCCGCGAGCAAGACCCGAUACGACUACCUCGCGGCGCGGAGGGGUGACGCAGAGACCAAGCUGCGGCAGUCGAGCUAUCGGAGGGAGACGUCGCGGGAGGGGCGAGGCGAGCAGGCGAUGUGUCCGGUCCAGUAA